GCGGGCAAGGACCAGGGCGCCGCCGAUCCCGCGGAGUGCGUGCGCUGCCCAGGCUGCUCCUGCAAGUGGAACUUCGGCGCCGAGACGGAGGGCUUCGAGUGUGGCAAGGCCCUCGUUCACGCGGUGGCCGCUCCCGCGCCCAAGGGCAGCGUGGGCGCGGCCGCCCUGGUCGCAGCGCGCGAGUGGGGGCCGCCGUUGCUUGCUGAGCCAUCCGACGCCGAGGCCUUCGCGGUGCUGGCAGCCAGGCGCCCGAAGCACGCCAAGCAGCCGGCCGACCUCCAGCUGGCCGUGGCACCACCGCCGCCCGUUGAGGCGAAGGCGCUGCCUGACGUCGCGCUCCACCGCGCCCAGGCCAAGCAGCGGCGUGCGGAGGCGGCCUUUCACGAGAAGGUGGUGCGCGCCGAGGAGGCCGGGGCGCGGCUUCAGAGCUGCCGCGAGGACGAGCCCAAGGCCGGCGAGCUCCUGCUGGCCAGAGCCGACGUGGAGGAGGCCUGCAAGGCAGCGGCGCCGCAAG